GACAGCAAUCAAAAGAUCAAUCAGCCGCAGGGUGCACGUGAACCCGCAUGCGUGCUUGCGUGCGACGGAGCGAAUGUUGACAAGCACGCUGCUGCAUGACAAUAAGAUGACAAUGGAGACGCAGAUGGAGGUGUCGGCUCACAGCCUCUUCCUGCUGCAGCAGCUCAAUGUGCAGCGAGAGUUUGGCUUCCUGUGCGACUGCACAGUCGCCAUCGGAAACGUCUACUUCAAGGCCCACCGCGCCGUGCUGGCCGCCUUCUCCAACUACUUCAAGAUGAUCUUCAUCCACCAGAGCAGUGAGUGCAUCAAGAUUCAACCCGCCGACAUCCAGCCUGACGUGUUCAGCUACCUGCUACACGUCAUGUAUACAGGCUCGUGUCCCAAGCAGGCGGUGGAGCAGACGCGUCUGGAGGACGGCAUCAAGUUCCUCCACGCCCACCAGCUGUGUUGCAAGAACGGCGAGGGCGCCACCGACGCAGCCGCAGACGCGGUCCGCAUGUCCAACCUGUACGGCAUCCAGAUCUCAUCCCAGCUGGGCCCCAAAGAGGCGCCCACGCUCUCCAAGACCGUUGUAGGAGAGGGGGGACCGCGGAGCGGGCUGUCAAUGGCCGUGGGCCUGGAAGGCGUCCAAUCAGAGGGUCAGGGCUCAUCUCUGCGGGACGUCCGCUCCGUAGCAUCCGGCGACGACUGCGACGUCACAACCGCCAUCAAGCAGGAGUGUCGGGAUGAUGAGGGCGGAGACGCGGGCCGGGGGGCGUGGUCGCCAGUUCAGGAUGGCAGCCUCGGUCAGAGCGCGGCGUUUAAAGAGCAGUCGCCAGUCCUCACUUGUCCUCGCUGCGGCCACCGCUGCUCCUCACCUGAGGGCUUGCGAGAGCACCUGUUCAGCCAUGCCCUCGACCCUGCCCUUUUUACGGAGGGGCUGUCACAUGGCACAGAACUGCGCGCCAGUGGUGAAAAUGCAGAACGUCUGGACGCGGGUUGCCUGGAGGAGGCGCUGCGUCAGAGCCGGGCGCUCGCCACUCAGCUGGCAGCGGAGCUCAGGAGGAGCCGGGCAGGAGCAGAUGUCGGACUGACCGGCCCCGCCCCUUCCGCCACACACUCUCGUAAGCGAAAGAUCACGUGCGCCGUGUGUGGCGUGCGCUUCUCCCACAAGAGUCAGCUGCAGGAGCACAUGUACGCGCACACCGCUAAGCCCACACGCCAUCAUCGCCACAGCCGUCUCUGUGGCCAGCUCUUCCACAGCUCCACCCACUUCUGUGAGGGCACAGUGGAGCCCGGGACAGAGGGCGGGGCUUCAGCUGGUGCACCACCUGAGGAGGCGAACAGAGAAGCGCAGGACAACGGAAGCUCGUGUUACUCGCUCGACUCCGAGAUCUCUCAGGAGAGUGCUGACGGAGGGCAGGGCGAGUGAUGACACCACUUCCUGUCCAGUCACCUGACUUAAAGCAGUGACUUUAAUUUAUUGACACACUAGUUUAUGUGAAGUUGGUCUUUGUUUUCAAAGUAAAAGCUCUGCUCGAACAAGCUUCCUUGUCGUUCUGCUUUUAUUUUGACAGUUUCAAUUCCUGAUCAUGUGACUAAUGAACAUGAUGGUCGUCGUCGUGGUGACGAAAGCUUACAAGUUCGCUGUCAGAGAAGAGAAAAUGUAUGGGAGAGCAUGUUAGCCACGCCCCUUGGCUGCUGAUUAGUCCAAUUCGGACGCAACGCUUGGGGUGUUUGGUGAGGGUGACAUCACAUCCUUCUUCAGCAAAUUUAUUUGGAUGACAUCAGUCCAUGUUGGCAAGGAAGCGCUGAGCACUGAUCACCGUGUUCUGUGACAAACACUCUGCAUCAGCGUUGCUGCGGUAACUUCCUGUAGUGGCACGCAGGAAAUAAAGUCCUCCUACCUGCAUGAGCAUGGCCACCGUCAUUGGUCCCACCCCUCCAGGAACUGGAGUGAUGUAUCCUGCUUUCUGAUUGGCUGAGGGGUAGUGGACGUCGCCGACCACGCGCUUGCCGCUAGCCUUGGUUUCGUCUAGCGGAGUGGAAAAAAACGCUAAGCUAGCUUAACCCCAUGACGUAAUCACAUGAUGCUAUGGCUCACCUGGCACGUGAUUGAUUCCACAGUCAAUGACCACGGAGCCCUCUUUCAGCCAAUCUCCAUGCACCAUUUCUGCUUUUCCUGCCCCCACCACCAGGAUGUCUGCCCUGCCCACCUGCAGACAGGAAGUGCAUGCUUGUCAUCCUUCACCUCUUCAUCGUCGUCUUCCUCGCGAGGGCCGUCACCUGCUCAGGUAGGUCGCGCGUCCUUGAGUGGCAGGUGGUGACGGUAGCGUGAUGCCACAGCAGCAGGUCAUGCAUAGGCGCGCCCACGAUCUUACUGCGGCCGACCACCACAGCGUGUUUUCCUGCCACGCCCACACCUGCAGCCGGCACAUUCAUUGACAGGGGGCGUGGCUUGUUUACACAGAAUAGCACCUAAUGGCCAGCUAGUGCAUUACAUUAAUUUUUAGUAGAGAUCUACUGUUCAUCGUAUUAAUGUCAGCCUUUUUUUAUUUUUUAUUUACAACUACAGCUGAACCACAUUAGCAGCAGUGAUGGGCAAGCUACCUGGAAAAUGUAGUAAGCUAAGCUGCGACUUACUCUCGAUUAAAUGUAGCUAAGGCUACUGGGGAAACUAUCCCCUGGCAAGCUACACGGCAAAAGUAGCUUGCCAGAUCAAAGCUACAUUUAGAAUAGAAUAGAAAGUACUUUAUUGAUCCCUGGGGGAAAUUCAGCAACUAAUUAAUGGCAUUUAUAUCUAUGGGUCCACAUGUAUAAUAUCAAUGUUAAUGUAACUGAGUUUAAAAAACAUUGACCCAAUAAGUGUCCAUUAAUACCCCACUGUAUGUAUUUAUUUAAUUUUCCUUUUCUUUGGCCCACCCCUAUAAUGUUUUUCAUUUUCUCUACCAACAGUAAAAAAUACAGUAUGAAUCUAGAUCUUCACAAAAAACAAUGACUUGUGUGUUGUUUGGGAACAGUUGGUAAUGGUUAUGUGCAGUAAAACUUUUCAUGGAUUCA